AUGUCGACUUCUCAGUUCCAUCAACAAAACAAAAGACCUUUAUCACAACCACCGGUACCCUUGUCAUCGUCAACAUUGCCGAUCGCCAUUACCCCCAGCCCUGCCUAUAAAGACAACUACCGCUCCGGAUUCUUCCCAUCGGCCGAGAUCGCUAACGGCCCUGGAACAAACUCUGAUAUCUCGACCCAAUUGGUCUUGGAACAGGAGGGAAACAGAUUACUUUCGCCCCACCCCCCUUCGGCGUUGUCUGCCUAUUAUAAUUCCUUACCAGUUUCUUCUCAAAACUCUAACAUCAUCAAUAAUCCUUGCCAUCACCCACAGUCGUCAUAUUUAAAUAUCCCUCGCAGCGGGAAUACGAGCUCGGAAUAUAUCUCGGAACCAAACGAUACUUUGGUUCCAUCUGUUAAAUCCAAUCCUUCAAUCAUGUCUGCCUCUCAUGGCUCAAGAAUUUACGAUGAAUACAGUGGCCAAUCAGGCUCUGGGCCGUCCCUCCAAUAUAGCGACCCUAACCCAAACAAAAUUGAAAUUAAGACCAAAUUUCCCGUCGCCCGUAUCAAACGUAUAAUGCAAGCUGAUGAAGAGGUUGGAAAGGUAGCUCAGGUAACGCCGGUGGCCGUAUCUAAAGCGCUUGAGCUAUUCAUGAUUGCUCUAGUAUCAGGAGCAGCUGAUAAGGCGCGCGAGAAAGGAAGCAAAAAGGUCAGCGCGCAACACUUAAAGAUGGUAGUUGAGGGGCAACCUGAACGGUUUGAUUUUCUUGCAGAAAUUGUUGAAAGAGUUGGAGAUAGUGUUGAGGGUGCGAGUCAUGACGGGACUAAACCGACUCGAAAGCGAAAGGAAGAAAGUGAGAGCGCGAGUGAAGAAGAAAAGGAAAAAGAGAAAAUAAAGUUGAAGAAGAAGGUUCGCGGGCGAAAGAAGAAAGCAGAUGAGCAGCCCCCUAUCUGA